AUGAAAUCUUUCUUGGACAGCACUGCGUCGCUCGAAUUGUCCAGCUAUUCAUCUGCCAUGAGGAUUCAAAGCUUUGCUGCGAGCGUCUUUCUCCUGCUGCUGUCGGGAACGGACGUCUUCGCCGCACCAGCCAAUGUGAAUUCUCUCCAAGCUCGGAACAAUCAUUGUGAUCGAAAGGAUUGGCAGUGCAAGAACUGGGACUGGAACAAAUGUGUCUGCAACGACAAGCAUUGUGAUCGCAAGGAUUGGCACUGCAAGGAUUGGGACUGGAACAAAUGUAUCUGCAACGACAAGCAAGUCUGCCACAAAGAUCCCAAGUGUCGAGAUUGGGACUGGAAAAAAUGUGUCUGCAAUGACAAGCGUUGUGAUCGCAAGGAUUGGCACUGCAAGAAUUGGGACUGGAACAAAUGUAUCUGCAACGACAAGCAAGUCUGCCACAAAGAUCCCAAGUGUCGAGAUUGGGACUGGAAAAAAUGUGUCUGCAAUGACAAGCGUUGUGAUCGCAAGGAUUGGCACUGCAAGAAUUGGGACUGGAACAAAUGUGUCUGCAACGACAAGCAUUGUGAUCGCAAGGAUUGGCACUGCAAGGAUUGGGACUGGAACAAAUGUAUCUGCAACGACAAGCAAGUCUGCCACAAAGAUCCCAAGUGUCGAGAUUGGGACUGGAAAAAAUGUGUCUGCAAUGACAAGCGUUGUGAUCGCAAGGAUUGGCACUGCAAGAAUUGGGACUGGAACAAAUGUAUCUGCAACGACAAGCAAGUCUGCCACAAAGAUCCCAAGUGUCGAGAUUGGGACUGGAAAAAAUGCGUCUGUAACGACAAGCACUGCCAGAAAGACCCAAAAUGCAAGGACUGGGAUUGGAACAAAUGCCUUUGCAACGACAAGCACUGCGUGAAGGAUCCCAAGUGCAAGGAUUGGGAUUGGAACAAAUGUGUUUGCAAUGACAAGCACUGCGUGAAGGAUCCCAAGUGCAAGGACUGGGAUUGGAACAAAUGUGUUUGCAACGAUAAGCACUGCGUGAAGGAUCCCAAGUGCAAGGAUUGGGAUUGGAACAAAUGUGUUUGCAACGACAAGCACUGCGUGAAGGAUCCCAAGUGCAAGGACUGGGAUAUGGAUAAGUGCUUCUGCAAGGAUCAGCACUGCCAGAAAGACCCCAACUGCAAGAACUGGGACUACCAAAAGUGCGUCUGCAAUGACCAACAUUGCCAGAAAGACCCCAACUGCAAGAACUGGGACUACCAAAAGUGCGUCUGCAAUGACCAACAUUGCCAGAAGGAUCCUAAUUGUAAGGAUUGGGACUAUCAAAAGUGCGUCUGCAAGGAUCAACAUUGCCAGAAAGACCCCAACUGCAAGAACUGGGACUACCAAAAGUGCGUCUGCAAUGACCAACAUUGCCAGAAGGAUCCUAAUUGUAAGGAUUGGGACUAUCAAAAGUGCGUCUGCAAGGAUCAGCACUGCCAGAAGGAUCCUAAUUGUAAGGAUUGGGACUAUCAAAAGUGCGUCUGCAAGGAUCAACAUUGCCAGAAAGACCCCAACUGCAAGAACUGGGACUACCAAAAGUGCGUCUGCAAUGACCAACAUUGCCAGAAGGAUCCUAAUUGUAAGGAUUGGGACUAUCAAAAGUGCGUCUGCAAGGAUCAGCACUGCCAGAAGGAUCCUAAUUGUAAGGAUUGGGACUAUCAAAAGUGCGUCUGCAAUGAUCAACAUUGCCAGAAAGACCCCAACUGCAAGAACUGGGACUACCAAAAGUGCGUCUGCAAUGACCAACAUUGCCAGAAGGAUCCUAAUUGUAAGGAUUGGGACUAUCAAAAGUGCGUCUGCAAGGAUCAGCACUGCCAGAAGGAUCCUAAUUGUAAGGAUUGGGACUAUCAAAAGUGCGUCUGCAAUGAUCAACAUUGCCAGAAAGACCCCAACUGCAAGAACUGGGACUACCAAAAGUGCGUCUGCAAUGAUCAACAUUGCCAGAAAGAUCCGAACUGCAAGAACUGGGACUACCAAAAGUGCGUCUGCAAUGACCAACAUUGCCAGAAGGACCCCAACUGUAAAGAUUGGGAUUCGCAGAAGUGUGUCUGCAACGAUCAGCCACCCCAGUGUCAGAAGGAUCCCAACUGUAAGAACUGGGAUUCGCAGAAGUGUGUCUGCAACGAUCAGCCACCCCAGUGCCAGAAAGACCCGAACUGCAAGAACUGGGACUCGCAGAAGUGUGUCUGCAACGAUCAGCCACCCCAGUGCCAGAAAGACCCGAACUGCAAGAACUGGGAUUCGCAGAAGUGUGUCUGCAACGAUCAGCCACCCCAGUGUCAGAAGGAUCCCAACUGUAAAAACUGGGACUCGCAGAAGUGUGUCUGCAACGAUCAGCCACCCCAGUGUCAGAAGGAUCCCAACUGUAAGAACUGGGAUUCGCAGAAGUGUGUCUGCAACGAUCAGCCACCCCAGUGCCAGAAAGACCCGAACUGCAAGAACUGGGACUCGCAGAAGUGUGUCUGCAACGAUCAGCCACCCCAGUGCCAGAAAGACCCGAACUGCAAGAACUGGGACUCGCAGAAGUGUGUCUGCAACGAUCAGCCACCCCAGUGCCAGAAAGACCCGAACUGCAAGAACUGGGAUUCGCAGAAGUGUGUCUGCAACGAUCAGCCACCCCAGUGUCAGAAGGAUCCCAACUGUAAAAACUGGGACUCGCAGAAGUGUGUCUGCAACGAUCAGCCACCCCAGUGUCAGAAGGAUCCCAACUGUAAGAACUGGGAUUCGCAGAAGUGUGUCUGCAACGAUCAGCCACCCCAGUGCCAGAAAGACCCGAACUGUAAGAACUGGGACUCGCAGAAGUGUGUCUGCAACGAUCAGCCACCCCAGUGUCAGAAGGAUCCCAAUUGUAAGGAUUGGGACUCCCAAAAGUGUGUCUGCAAUGACAAACACUGA